UAUUGGCUCCAAGACAAGCCAUGAUCAGGCAACAACAGCCUCUGACGGAAUUUCGUGAAUUGAUCGAAAUAGCUGGGAACAAAGUAAGAAAAUUGUCAAGAAUGGAGGUAACCAGGAGCCCGAGGUAUAUAUUUGAGUGCUGCGGCAAUUGCUCCUUGAAAAGAAGACCAUUCAACUUAUACCAGAGCCGUAUUCCAAUCGCAAUUUAAAAACAGUCACCCAUAAUGUGUGAAGAAAACCUCGUCCAGGAAGCACUCGGCCAAAUUUGCUGGCUCGAGGUUCCAGUGCGUGAUGUUCCUCGGGCCAAAGCCUUCUACAUGGAACUCUUUGGCUGGGAGUUUGUACCAGAGCCUCAGAAGGCCGUCGGCGACUGCGUCAAGAGUAUGCACUUCUUCAACAAGGGUAAGACCCUCCACGGGGCAUUUCUGGAACAUGACGAGGAAUAUCAUGUCAUCAACAACAAUCCCGACAAACCAGGUGCUCUGCCCGUCCUGCCAACUCUAUGCGUACUGGAUUGCGAAGAGACCCUGGCCAAGGCAAAUGCGAUUGGUGGUAAGACUGCCGUUCCAAAGACGGCCAUUGGAGGAGGGAUGGGGUAUUUUGCUCGGGUGAUUGAUACCGAAGGUAACAUGAUCGGUCUCUGGUCUCAGAAAUGACAAGUGAGCGUGGGAAGAUAAGGUUGACAUUUGUCACUCAGUACCUAGGUAGCUUAUCUCAGCCAAGAUAUGAUGCCAUACUGCUCAAGUUGCUUCUGAUAAUGUAUGUAAUUCUCAAAAUUUACCCCAAAUCCAUGAUCGCGAUUCAGAAUAUUAUCCAAAAUAUCCGAACGGUGGAAAAUAUUAGAGAAAAACGUAAACUCGCCCGGCAAAACUUGUGCUGACCAACCCGCUGUUAGACAAAGCUUGACGCCAAGCAGAGCCAAGUCUUGUUUGUCACUGCUAUAUGAAUUAUUGGACGAAACCAACUGACAUGAGCUCGCAUGAGUCGUAUCAGACGCCAAUUAACAAGCUUGGUCGUGAAAAAAUUGACAUGCAGAGAACUUAAGAAGCGAGCUCUGGAGCCUGUGGUGAUUCCU